AUUCAGCACCACAUCCGGGCUGAGGCUUCACGGCAAGCACACACCAGGCGAGACCAGCAAGCAACCGGCAAUCUUCCAUCGUGUACUGCCGUAACGAUCCAGCGUCAGUCGGACAGCGCUCAGUGUGUCACACCGACUCCGAACUUGUCGACUUGUUUGCUAAGAACCCCUGCGCCUCAUGACGCUCUCCAACAACAUCACCCCCGUUCAACGCUUGGUGCACAUCUACUGAUUCUGGAAAGAUGCGCAGGAGAUGACUACUACCGCUCGACUGCCACUGCGUUUGCGUGGUACGAUUGGGUUGCUCUUGGCACUCCGCAGUCCUAGGGGUGGUGCAAGAAGCAGGGCUGGUACUAAGCGUACGACGUGGGCAAUCAAAAAACUUGGUAGUAUACAGGCCUCACAUCCAGUGCACAUCAAAUGGCCAACUCUCCCUCUCCCCAGUCCCCGCAUCACCCCUCCUGAUCCAACCGCGCUGUGCGGGGCAUCGCCAACAGAAGAACGUGAAAUGCCAUACCCAAUAUAUCCGUCGUGGUCAAAUGGCUUGGACUUCUUCCCAGAGGCUUAUCAGUACCGCUAUGCUAGUCGACGAUCGUCUCGAAGGUCGCGAGUUUCUCGAUGGGCAUUUCCAGAGCUCGCAAUAGGGCCAUGUUGCGAGUUUUGUGUCUCUCAUGACAACAUUCCAAGUCUAGAGGAAGGUUUGUUUGAGCUGGGGAUGAUGGGGCCCCCCUACUUUGACCACGUCUUGGAAGCUUACCAGGACAUCCACUACCACUACAAGCGUGGAUUCGACCAGCAUGGCCCUGAAUCUUGCUACAUCUCUCGCGAGAUUAGACGGCUAUCAAAGCUGCUACGCAAGCUGUACCUCGCAACAGGUAUGCAUGAGCUGGCUUCGUGGUCAAACCAACUGAAGUACAUGGGAAGCGACGUACAAUUGGGACCCAGACAUCUUCGGCUGAGCACACCGCCGAAGCAUCGGUAUAAUCGUGGGUUCCUGCUACAGCGGAUUAGGUACUAGAGGCAGGCGCUUGGCCUGGCGGUGUCGUGCUCGACCAGCACUCAUGCUGAACGCUGUAGUGUUCCGUAGACAUUGCCUGCAAUCCCCUCAUGCAACUGAUUGCGGUGUACGUAGGACUUUUUGCUGCUACCCGAUGCUGCUGUUUUGGCGAUACAGUCGUCAUGACGUCAAAGUGAAAGACCGGCGAAAGGUCACUGGUGACCGUGAAAUUGUUCCGCUUACUGUACUAUAGUCGGCCUAAGCUUGUUAUCUUGGUCUAAGAAAGCAAAGAUUGCUCCCUACUUUUCGACCUUCUCUUCC